CACAGAGCAAGCGUCUGUCUCCUUUUAUGAGCAAUGAAACUGUGCUGAAGGCAACAGGAGGCCGAAAACUAUUCAGUCCAGGAAGCCCCCGUAUCCGGCGAGCAGUAAGAAGUACACCAGCCACAGGAUGCGCCUUGGGGCAGGGGGACGUGACGAGUCUGCAGCCUUUGUCUCCUGUGCGCCAGAGAGGUUGUGGCCAGGCGUGUCGCUCUCACCUCGGACAGCUGGCAGCCCCGAUAGCAACGGAAUGGCCCUCUCCCCGGGCUGGUUAUUGCUGCUGCUGCCGCUGCCCCUCCUGGCCCGGCCGGGAGUCCGGGCGGACACAGCCGAGGCGGUGGUGUGCGCGGGCGCUGCCUGCUUCACGGCCCACUGGGGCAAGCUGAGCGCCGAAGAGGCCCAACUCAACUGCAGCACCAACGGGGGGAACCUGGCCACCGUGCGGAGCGCCGAGGAGGCCCGAUACAUUCAGGAGGCCCUAGCCCAACUGCUUCUGCCGGAGGCGCCGCUGACUGCCCGCAUGGCCAAGUUCUGGAUCGGUUUGCAGCGGGAAAAAGGCAAGUGCCUGGACGCCAACCUGCCCCUGAAGGGUUUCAGCUGGAUCGGUGGCGGGGAGAACACGUCGUACACCAACUGGUACAAGGAGCCCAAGGGCACCUGCAUCUCCAAGCGCUGCGUGUCCCUGGCGCUUGACCUUUCCCUCCUGCCAAGCCGCACCAGCCACCUCCCCACUUGGUCUGAGGGGCCCUGCGGGAACUCUGGCUCCCCGGGAAGCAACAUCGAGGGCUUCGUGUGUAAAUUCAGCUUUCGAGGUAUGUGCCGGCCCCUGGCUCUAGGAGGGCCAGGCCAGAUUAGCUACACCACCCCCUUUGGGGCCAGCAGCUCCUCUCUAGAUGCUGUGCCCUUCGCCUCUAUAGCAACUGUGGCCUGUGGGGAGGAGGGCAAGAAUGGGAGCAAUUAUUUCCAGUGCAGGGAGAAAGGGAGUAAGCUGUUUGACUGGGAUACCUCAGGACCACUCUGUGUCAACUCCAAACUUGGCUGCAGCUUCAACAAUGGAGGCUGCCAGCAGGAAUGCUUUGAGGGACUUGAUGGUUCCUUUAACUGUGGCUGCCUACCAGGGUACCAGCUGCUAGAGGACAUGGUGACUUGUGCCUCUCGAAACCCCUGUAGCUCCAACCCAUGCAGAGGGAUAGCCACAUGUGAGCCCAAGCCCACUUGGGAAAGUUACGGUUGCUCCUGCCCACUGGGCUACCAGCUGGACCCGAGUAAGCUGGGUUGCAGUGAUAUAGAUGAGUGCCAGGCCUCCCCCUGUCCCCAGGUGUGCAUCAACACCCCUGGGAGCUUCCACUGUGCCUGCUGGGUGGGCUAUGAGCCUGGGGAGGGGACCUGUCAGGACAUAGAUGAGUGUGUCCCUGGCCAGAACCCCUGUGAUCAGAACUGCACCAACACCUACGGCUCCUUUCACUGCUCCUGCGAGGAGGGCUACGUGCUUGCUGGUGAGGAUGGCACCCAGUGCCAGGACAUAGACGAAUGCACAAGCCCAGGAGCUGAGCAUUGCGGGGAACAGUGUUUCAAUGUGCCAGGCUCCUUCCACUGUGGCUGCCUGCCAGGCUGGGAGCGGUCUCCCGAUGGGGUCUCCUGCACCCUUAGCCACGGGUCCCCUGAACCACCUGUAGGAGGACCUACAUCCCAGGGAGAAGACCAGCGGAGCACCACACCUUCUGCUAAAACAUCCAGUACCCCCAAGAGCUCCGAGGAUGUCUAUGAGGAGGAACCCAUCACAGAGAGACCCUCCUUGCAAUCCAACACCUUCAUCACUCAUGUCCCACCCAAGACCAUGGCCUCCAGUGGGUCCCCCAUCAUCAGGGUAGAGCCUAGCAUGAGCUACCCCAUUACCGUUGCUGGCCAUGCUGAGCCUGCAGGUGAGGAUUUGAUAAGGGAAGACAGCCCCAAUGGGCAGAAACUGCUUCUGUACUACAUUCUGGGCACUGUGGUGGCCAUCUUACUACUGCUGGCUCUAGCUCUAGGGCUACUGAUCUAUCGCAAGCGGAAAGCAAGUCGGGCAGAGAAGAAGGAGAACAAAGUCCCAAGUGCAACCGACAGUUAUGCCUGGGUUGCCGAGCGAGCUGAGCCCAGGGCCACGAAGAAUCAGUACAGUCCAUCACCUGGGACAGACUGUUGACAAGAGGUGACCGCAGAGCCUUUCAGUUUCAGAUGACUGCCACCAUCCUCAGAUCCUGAAACCAUCGGCCAAGCCAGGGACCUCAUCCUUCCCAGAAGCUGGACUGGAGUCUUAGCGAGCCAUUCCAAGGCUUCUCCUUGGGAGUUCACAGGCAUUUUCCAUAUGUGUACAGUAUUCCUAAAGUGGAAGCUAUGGGAAGUGAGGGGGUGGGAAGGUGCUGUCAUUUUGGAAAUUGUGUGAAUAUUAGCCAUAUGCUCUCUAUCUUCAAAUUCAAAUGUGACAAUUUCACUUUUCAUGCUGAUUCUGGUUUAAGGGCUAACAAGACCAGUACGAAUGGGGCCCUUUGUGCUGCAGCUUGCUUCAUCUUCCUAACUUGAAGAAGAAAAGUCGGCCAGUUUAAAUUGAGAUGGCAUUUUCCUCUUAGUAGAAAACAAGCUAGGUCAGCCAGCUGUUUGAUUCCACUGAAAGGUUUUUGUUUGUUUGAUUGUCACUGAAAGGAUGACAGGGAAAAUGGGCAGGACUGGACUUUUUUCUAUACAUUUACAUCCUUGCAUUUUCCCCAGCCUAAAUCCACCUGUGUUCUGUCUUGUUGAACCCCCCUAAAAUGGUCAGAUGCAUGAUUAGCUGCUCAAUGGGCAAGGAGGCCGGGAGUUAGAAAUCACAUUUCCUACUUACAACUCAGCAGCCACUCCAUGGAAGACAGACGAGGCUCCCUGUUCCUGUAAAGAUUUGCAAAGCCUGAGAAAUAUAAGGUCACCAUGAGUCAGGAAUCGACUCGAUAGUAGUGGGUAAGCUUCUGAUAGUUUUGAAUUGAAGUCAAGUUUGAAAUAAAAGCAAGAAGGCGGAAAUGUUGUUUGCGAUGAGUUAAAGACAUUUUUGGAAAUGCAAUCUAGAAGGUCCACAAGCUUGUUUUACCAACAUGUGAAUGUGGAGUCAACCACUUGUGUAAGGAACACCAAAAAUAAACUUCCAAAGAGAGUUGGUUUCAGAGCCAGUGCAGGCACCAAGACAUUACCAAAGUUUCUCAUGGCCAUGCUACGACGCUCUGAAGCCAAAUGUGUUCCUUAGAAUUGGGUUUUAAAGGAUGUGUGCUAGGUGUGAUGUACUGGGUUUUGCAAGUUGUCCUUAUGUGGCACUUUAGCCUAGAUCAGAGUUGAUACUGCCUUCUGGGAAUGUUGAACCCUGGCUUCAGAGUAUUGGACAUCCCAAAGUUAGGGACUGAUCACACGGAAUGCCCUCGCAGCACUGGUUAAGGAGCUUCCAUCUUUUUAUUCGACAAAAAAGAGGGGUGAGUGGGUAAAAUCAUUGUAACAUAAAAGCUGUUCUCAGCCAUGUUGGCUUCUAUCCCCCUUUGUAAAUGCACAUUUGCAUAGACUCCUUCCUUCAACACAGGCUCCACAGCGCUCUUGCUGCACAGUCUUGCCUGCGGAAACACUGGAAAGCAGCUCCUAGCGUCAUGGGGACCACGGGUUACAAGUCAUCCAAGCAAAUUGGAGCCUCGUGUCACCUGAGGGCUUUUUGCUGCCAUCUGAGCAAAGAAUGGACUGAGGGAUGGGUCUCUUUCCAACACCACAACUGUAUGCUUCUCAGAACAAAAAAUGCUGGAAUAAUUCUGGUUUUGCAUCCCUCCAAUUUGUGUAAUAUGUUUUUCUGUUUUUUGGUAUAUGAAACCCAGGUUUGAUGAGCCUAUAGGUAGAAUAUAUAGAACAUGUAGAAUACGGGUUUGGAGGCAGGGUACAGUGGUGGUGCUACU